GAGGUGUCUGCCUGCGCUCUGUUUGUGAAUUAAAGUUCGUUUUCAGAUGCAGAUGUGGAGCAGAAUAUUGCGUCCUGGUGUGAUUGAUAGGACACGUUGCUGUUGGAGGAGUCUCUUCACCAUGCAGCUGAAGACCAGUGAGUUCCAGUCUCUGUUCACUGAUGGACUGAACGGACUAGCAGAGGUGUUUGAGAAGCACCAGCAUGAGCUGAGAAUAGCUGGAGGCGCCGUACGGGACCUGCUGUCUGGAAUACGACCUGAAGAUGUAGACUUUGCCACCACAGCUACUCCAGAGGAGAUGAAGCGCAUGUUCCAAACUGCUGGUAUCAGGAUGAUCAACAAUAAAGGAGAGAAGCACGGGACCAUUACAGCUAGACUGAACAACGAGAACUUUGAGGUGACCACAUUGCGGGUGGACCUUCAGACGGACGGACGUCAUGCCGAGGUGGAGUUCACCACUGACUGGCAGAAAGAUGCGGAGAGGAGAGACCUCACCAUCAACUCCUUGUUUUUAGGUCUUGAUGGCACGUUAUACGACUAUUUCAAAGGAUAUGAAGACCUGCAGAACCACAAAGUUCGGUUUGUUGGCAAUGCAGAACAAAGAAUCCAAGAGGACUACCUGAGAAUACUGCGCUAUUUCAGGUUCUACGGCAGGUUGGCUCUGAGUCCCAAUGACCACGAGCCUGAGACACUGGCUGCCAUCAGGGAGAACGGACGUGGCCUGGCAGCCAUAUCAGGAGAAAGGAUUUGGGUGGAACUAAAGAAAAUGGUAGUUGGCAACCAUGCGGCUCAUUUGCUAGAGCUGAUGUAUACCCUGGAACUGGCCCAGUACAUCGGUUUACCACCAGAUGGCAAUGUUGAGGAGAUGAAGCGAGUGUGGCAGAAAGCCAAAGACCACUCUCCCAAGCCUAUGACUGUCCUGGCUGGCCUCUUCACCAGCUCAGAGGAGGUGGAGAAGAUGGACCUCCGACUGAAGGUGUCCAGGGAGGAGAAGAACCUGGCUCUGUUCCUGGUCAAAUACAGACGGGAUCUCUGCAAGAGUAGCGACGAGCCAGAAAGCCUCAAACCCUUCACUGACUUUAUUAUCGAUAGCCGGGAGCUGGAUUCUCACAGUAAAGUGUGUGAACUGUUAAAGUAUCAAGGUGAGGAGAAGCUGUUGGCAGAACUUAGCAGAUGGUCCAUCCCUCGCUUCCCUGUCAGCGGUCACGACCUGAGAAAGAUGGGCAUCACCUCAGGCAAGGAGAUAGGCGCCACCUUACAGGAGCUCCGCGACAUCUGGAAGAAAAGUCGCUAUCAGAUGGACAAAGACGAACUCCUCACUUACAUAAAGUCUUAAGGAGCAGCCACAGCUGGAAAAGCAGAGGUGGUUUUACGAGCGUCAGAAAAUGAGUCUGGACACUCAAAUUGGAUAUCUAAUUGCACCGCUUGCAGAUAUUGAUUGAGCAGACUCAUUCAUAUUGUUGAGAAAGGACACUGUAAGAAUGGAGACAUGCAUACCCACUGAUUGAUGCAAUUUCAUCUUAAAUUACCCCUGGGCCACUUUUGUUCAUCUGCAUCACCAUGUAAAUUUACACACAGUGUGCUCUCAGUAGCACAACCCUACUACCAUAUGAGAAAAUGAGUAAUGGACAGGGUCAGCUGAUUUACAAACAUGUGUGAUUUCACAGCUCAGCCGAUUAUGUAACUUGUCUGAUAAACGGCUGAUAUUAUGCAGACGCUCUGCCAGUUCAAAUCACAACUUUGGCACUUAUUAGCUGCUUAGACUGAUGUAAUGAAGGAAAUAUGGAGGUUGGAAUCGGUGAUGAACAGUGAAAUAAAAUUUCUGGUCAGUUAAAAAAAAGUUAUUUUCUUCACUGAGAUGAUAUAAAAAUGUAGAAGUUUGCUUUUUGGAUUGUUUGGAUUUCAUUGCAAUUAUAUAUUAUUUAAAUGUG